AUAUGUAUGCAAAGUUGCAUUUAUAUGAAAGGAUGUGUGGGCAAUAUAUUUUAUGAUGUGUUAGGGUUUGGUACUUUAUGUACUUAUGAUAAGAUAAUAACAUAGGUAUUCUCUGCAUGACUUCACAUUAAACAAUUCCCUUAUCAUUUUAUGGUACUUCAGUAUCUGUAAAAAAAGUUGGGAGUUGGAUUUUAAUAUAUACAAUAAUGAUGCCAGAAUGUUACUGGGGUUUAAAGACCUGAUAUAUGCUCUUCAGUCAAGGAAAUGAAUACGACAUGUGAGCAACACUGUGUAAGGCAUACAUUAAGAACAGAAGAAUGGUGUCAUGAGUGGAAGCCACCUCCAACACCACCACAGGCUAAAAUCUCAGCUCGUCAGUGGGAGGAAGUUGUGCUGACUUUGCAGGAGAGUGAAUUGUACAAAAAAUAUGCUAAUGCAUGCAAUAUUACAAUUCCACAGCUGCCUUCCACCACAACAACAAUUAGUGAAAAUUCAACUGUACCACACUGGGCAAAUGUUUCACUUCCAGUUAGUGAAAAUUCAACUGUAUCACUCUGGACAAAUUCUUCGCUACCAUUUAGUGACACUACCAGUACAGCAACAAAUGUUCCUACCAUAGUUACAACAGUAGGUCCGUUACUGACGACAACAACAGCAGCAGGAACAACAAAGAACAUGAUAUUCCAGGAGGAAGCUCACACAGCAGGAGGUACAAUAGCUGUGAUAGUGGUAGUAAUUAUACUGUUGUUGAUUGCUGUUGCUGUAGUGUUAUCGUGGUAUCUAUGGAAACGGAAGAAGAUGAGAACUGGAAGGUACAAUUGGUUCAUCUCCACUGCCCACCAGGGCACCAUAUUCAAUAUCAACUCACUACCUUUGAAAAAAUACGAAAAUACAAAUUAUCUCGACAACAGAGCGCGGGACAACCAUUCUUGGAAUCCGUCAUCGAAUCACCUUGCCAGUGACAGUAAUUCUAAAGGCAUUGACUAUGGGUCACUGCCACAGCCUGGCAUGACAAAUGAUGCACAGUAUAUGAAGAAGAAAAGUAGAAACUCGAGUGAAACAAGAGUUGAAUCGCCAAGAGAGUUUGAUAAAAUGAAUGCUAGUGGGUUAUCAGAAAAGUUAGCAUUUGAUAAUGAGAAUUUUAUGACUGACAGAGACCAGAAUGGAGCAGUUAGUCCUGGUGCAACCAGUCAGACACCAUUAUUUGAUAUGAUGGAUGGUGCAGCAUUACCUAACGUAGUACCUGAUUGUAAAACAGUUUCAGAAAACAGCAUUCAUAAUGGUGAUAAAAUUCAUCAAAAUGGAUCCGUUGGAAAAAUACCUGAAGGAAAAUCACCGCCAGUUGAUAUGUCAGUUACAAUGCGUAAAAUGUCUGACUCUAGCACAAAAUCUCCGAAAAAGAAAAAGCCUAUAUAUCUGAGGAAGUCUAUGCCUAUGCCUGAAAUGGAAGACAUAACACAGGAUAUGACUGGCAAUAGAAAAAGUGUUUAGUCUUUGACAAUGAAUUGUAUAGUCUGUCUCACUUUUUAGCUCACCUGUCACAAAGUGACAAGGUGAGCUUUUGUGAUCGCACGGUGUCCGUCGUCCGUCCGUCAGUCCGUGCGUGCGUGCGUCCGUAAACUUUUGCUUGUGACCACUCUAGAGGUCACAUUUUUCAUGGGAUCUUUAAGAAAUUUGGUCAGAAUGUUCAUCUUGAUGAUAUCAAGGUCAAGUUCGAAACUGGGUCACGUGCCAUCAAAAACUAGGUCAGUAGAUCUAAAAAUAGAAAAACCUUGUGACCUCUCUAGAGGCCAUAUAUUUCAAAAGAUCUUCAUGAAAAUUGGUCAGAAUGUUCACCUUGAUGAUAUCUAGGUCAAGUUCGAAACUGGGUCACGUGCCUUCAAAAACUAGGUCAGUAGGUCUAAAAAUAGAAAAACCUUGUGACCUCUCUAGAGGCCAUAUAUUUCUCAAGAUCUUCAUGAAAAUUGGUCAGAAUGUUCAUCUUGAUGAUAUCUAGGUCAAGUUCGAAACUGGGUCACGUGCCAUCAAAAACUAGGUCAGUAGGUCUAAAAAUAGAAAAACCUUGUGACCUCUCUAGAGGCCAUAUAUUUCACAAGAUCUUCAUGAAAAUUGGUCAGAAUGUUCACCUUGAUGAUAUCUAGGUCAAGUUGGAAACUGGGUCACGUGCCUUCAAAAACUAGGUAAGUAGACCUAAAAAUAGAAAAACCUUGUGACCUCUCUAGAGGCCAUAUUUUUCAAAAGAUCUUCAUGAAAAUUGGUCUGAAUGUUCAUCUUGAUGAUAUCUAGGUCAAGUUUGAAACUGGGUCACGUGCCGUCUAAAACUAGGUCAGUAGGUCAAAUAAUAGAAAAACCUUGUGACCUCUCUAAAGGCCGUAUUUUUCAUGGGAUCUGUAUGAAAGUUGGUCUGAAUGUUCAUCUUGAUGAUGUCUAAGUCAAGUUCGAAACUGGGUCACGUGCGGUCAAAAACUAGGUCAGUAGGUCUAAAAAUAGAAAAACCUUGUGACCUCCCUAGAGGCCAUAUAUUUCAUGAGAUCUUCAUGAAAAUUGAUCAGAAUGUUCACCUUGAUGAUAUCUAGGUCAAGUUCGAAAGCGGGUCACGUGCCAUCAAAAACUAGGUCAGUAGGUCAAAUAAUAGAAAAACCUUGUGACCUCGCUAGAGGCCAUAUUUUUCACGGGAUCUGUAUGAAAGUUGGUCUGAAUGUUCAUCUUGAUGAUAUCUAGGUCAGAUUCGAAAGUGGGUCAUGUGCCUUCAAAACUAGGUCAGUAGGUCAAGUAAUAGAAAAACCUUGUGACCUCUCUAAAGGCCAUAUUUUUCAUGGGAUCUGUAUGAAAAUUGGUCUGAAUGUUCAUCUUGAUGAUAUCUAGAUCAAGUUCGAAAUAGGGUCAUGUGCGGUCAAAAACUAGGUCAGUAGGUCUAAAAAUAGAAAAACCUUGUGACCUUUCUAGAGGCCAUACUUGUGAAUGGAUCGCCAUAAAAAUUGGUCAGAAUGUUCAUCUUGAUGAUAUCUAGGUCAAAUUUGAAACUGGGCCACUUGCCUUAAAAAACUAGGUCAGUAGGUCAAAUAAUAAAAAAAACCUUGCGACCUCUCUAGAGGCCAUACUUUUCAUGAGAUCUGUAUGAAAAAUGGUCUGAAUAUUCAUCUUGAUGAUAUCUAGGUCAAGUUUGAAACUGGGUCAACUGCGGUCAAAAACUAGGUCAGUAGGUCUAAAAUUAUUAAAAUCUUUUGACCUCUCUAGAGGCCAUAUUUUUUAUGGAUCUUCAUGAAAAUUGAUCUGAAUGUUCACCUUGAUGAUAUCUAGGUCAGUUUCGAAACUGGGUCACCUGCGGUCAAAAACUAGGCCAGUAGGUAUAAAAAUAGAAAAACCUUGUGACCUCUCUAGAGGCCAUAUUUUUCAUGAGAUCUUCAUGAAAAUUAGUGAGAAUGUUCACCUUGAUGAUAUCUAGGUAAAGUUCAAAUCAGGGUCACGUACCUUCGAAAACUAGGUCAAUAGGUCAAAUAAUAGAAAAACCUUGUGACCUCUCUAGAGACCAUAUUUUUCAAUGGAUCUUCAUGAAAAUUGGUCAGAAUUUUUAUCUUGAUAAUAUCUAGGUCAAUUUCAAAACUGGGUCACAUGAGCUCAAAAACUAGGUCACUAUGUCAAAUAAUAGAAAAAACGACGUCAUACUCAAAACUGGGUCAUGUGGGAAGAGGUGAGCGAUUCAGGACCAUCAUGGUCCUCUUGUUUUGUUAUUUAUAAUUGCUUUGUGUCAUAACUCGAUGUUUCUGUUGUAAUAGAUUCCAAAACAAUAGUAUGUAAUAGACAUCUGUUUAUAGGUACAGUUUUCCUUAAAACGGUCAAAGAAAUGGGUUCUCUUUAACUUGAAAAUUCACAAUAAUGCUGGUGAUAUUCAAUCUCAUGUAUGAUAACAUGCACUUGUAAUUGUACUGCAAGUACAGUCAUAAAAAUAUUUUCAUUUAAGAUUUGUUCAUUCAGUACAUUCGAAUACCUGUAUUUAUUGUUUUAUUUCAGAGUUAUUGCCCUUCAUUCGUUUAUCAAUCCAUAAAUUCCUAGAUAAAGUAAUCCAUUGUUCAAUCCUCAUGAAAUUUAUCACAAAUAUAGAUCAUCAUAGGGUGAUGGUGCAUGCACAUUCUUCAGUAAUUGUAAAGUUAUUGCCCUUCAGUUGUUUUAAAAUCCAUAAAUGCCCACAAAAUAAAGUAACCCAUUGAUGGAUCUUCAUGAAACUUAGUACAAAUAUAGAUCACUAUAGGGCAGUGAUGCAUGCAUUCUUUUCAGGAUCUCUAAAAUAAAACUGCAGUUACUACCCUUUGAAUGUUUAAGAAUUCAAAAAUAGACACGUAACAAAGUAAUCCAUUGAUGGAUCUUUAUGUAAUACAGAUCAACUUGUGCUUAUCUGGAAAUUAGAUAUCUUCCAAAAUUUAGUCCCCUCACAAAACAAUGACCUACUUGACAGGGGAUAUAAAUUUACUGAAUUUGCUUGUUUCAUUUAAAAAAAUAACAAAAAACAUCGCCAUCAUGGGUUAGGGGUAAGUUUUCUCAGUAUGGCUAUUAAAAUUGUUCAGGCAAGAUGUGGAACUCAGAUGAGCAUUGUAGGGCCAUCAUCAUCCUCUAGUUGAUUAAAGGUGAGACAAAACACCCUGUAUUCCAGGGGAGGAUUGCAUAUUGGUUAGUUUUGUUUUUUCAAUGAUCAUUUUUAGCCCACCAUCAUCAGAUGGUGGGCUAUUCAAAUCACUCUGCAUCCGUGGUCCGUCAUCCUUCCGUCCGUCUGUUAACAAUUUCUCAUUAUCACAUCUCCUCAGAAACUACUGGGGGGAUUUUGACCAAACUUUGUCAAAAUGAUGUAUUGGUACCCUAGUUGUGUCCCCCUGAAAAUCAGACUGGUUCAACAAUGUUUGAGUGAGUUAUGGCCCUUUGUUUAUUUUUAUAAUUUACAUAGAUUUAUAUAGGGAAAAACAUUAGGUCAAAGGUCAAGGUCACAUUGGCCAGGAACAGUUAAAUGGUUUCUGAUCUUCUUGUCCAAAACCACAGGGCCUAGGGCUUUGAUAUUUGGUGUGUAGCCUCAUCUAGUGGUCCUCUACCAAGAUUCUUCAAAUUAUUUCCUGGGGUCAAAUAUGGCCCCGCCCCGGGGGUCACAUGGUUUAUAUAGACUUAUAUAGGAAAAAACUUUGAAAAACCUCUUGUCCAAAACUACAGGGCCUAGGGCUUUGAUAUUUUGUAUGUGACAUCAUCUAGUGGUCCUCUACUAAGAUUGUUCAAAUUAUUCCCCUAGGGUCAAAUAUGGCCCCGCCCUGGGGGUCACAUGAUUUACAUACACUUAUAUAGGGAAAAACUUUGAAAAUCUUCUUGUCCAAACCACAAAGCCUAGGGCUUUGAUAUUUGAUAUGUAGCAUCAUCUAGUGGUUCUCUACCAAGUUUGUUCAGAUUAUCCCCCUAGGGUCAAAUAUGGCCCCAGCCGGGGGUCACAUGGUUCAUAUAGACUUCUAUAGGGAAAAACUUCUGAAAUCUUCUUGUCCAUAACCUACAACAUUCAAAUUUGGACCACAUGCAUAGUUUUGAGUGGCAAGAUGAACUUUGACAUGAGUUGACCUUGAUCUUGACCUAGUGACCUACUUUCACAUUCCUGUAGCUACAGUCUUCAAAUUUGGACCACAUGCAUAGGUUUGUGUACCGAAACAAACUUUGACAUUGACCUAGUGACCUUCUUUCACAUUUUUGAAGGUACAGGUUUCAAAUUUGGACCACAUGCACAGUGUUGUGUUCCAAAAUGAAAUUUUAAUCAGUGACUUACUUUCACAUUUCUCAAGCUACAGCCAUCAUAUUUGGACCACAGGCAUAGUUUUGUGUACUGAAAUGAACUUUGACCUUGAGAUUGACCUAGUGACCUACUUUCACAUUUCUGAAGCUACAGGCUUCAAAUUUGGACCACAUGCAUAGUUUUGUGUUCUGAAUUGAAAUUUGACAUUGAUUUUUACCUAGUACCUACUUUCAUAUUUCUCAAGCUACAGCCUUCAAAGUUGAAGCACAUGCAUAGUUUUGUGUACCAGAAUGAACUUUGACCAUGAAAUUGAUCUAGUGACCUACUUUCACAUUUCUCAAGCUACAGCUUUCAAACUUGGACCACAUGCAUGGACCAGUGUUGUGUACCAAAAUGAAAUUUGACCUUGAUUUUGACCUUGAGCUAGUCUUGAAAUUUGGAACAUUAAAAAAUGGCUCAAUAGUGGGCACCUAGAUCACUCUGUAAUCUCUUGUUAUUUAUUCAGUGUAGUUUAUGUAUUAUAGUGUAAACCCUUUCAAAUGAUUAGAAGGAAAUUUGUGUCUCUCCUUACUGGUUAACAACAGAAUUUCUUUCAGUACAUGUGUAUGUUUUUAUGUGCAUGACUUUUUUUGUGCUGAUAAAAGUGUGUGUCAUAAAUGGUUACAAGUGCUCUUGAUUUAAUGUUGUUAUGUUUUUAUGUUUUAAAGCUAAGGACUGUGAAAAGAGGAUGACCUGGAAAAAAUAUAGCAUGAAUUUUUCCAGCAUAUUUUUAUAGUUAUUGUCAAUUUGAUUACUGUGAAAUCAUUUAAAUUAGCUGGCAUGAAAUUUCGCGCAAAAGUGAAAAAGGACUGUUUCGCGCGGGCUUAAAUUCUCGCAUUUUCAACUUUAGCAAUGAAAAAUAUAAUAAAAAAAUUAUAAAAGCGCGGUUUUAAAUUCGCGCAUCGGUCCUAACGCGAAAUACGCGAAAAUUCGUCCUAUGCGAAUAAAAAUGAUUUCACAGUAUCUCUUUUUUCCAUAAAGCAAAAAGUUCUGAAAAACUCCUCAGCAUGAUAAAAUUGCUGGUUUUAUAUUCAGGAAUAUUAAAAUGUUCUAAGGGCUUAGUUUUGAAAAGUGUUACCGUGUAUUUGUAUCAAGUACAGUCAGACAAAAAUUGUAAGGUUUUUUGAUGGUUAAUGUAGGUAUUCCUGCUAUAUAAAAUGAGCCUAUAAUAAAAUGAUAACUAAUUUGUAUGUGUUAAUGCAGAAAUGUCACCAAAAAAAUCUCAGGAAUAUAUGCCUGUAAAAAACAACUUUUUCUAAACUAGAUAAAUUUUCAUAGCCUGUUUUCUAAGUAGCAGUAACCCAUUUUACAGCAAUUAGACUUAACUUUACCUAUUUCAUUAGGACUUCUAUUUCAUUAUCUGCAAUUUGUCUCUUGUUUUUAUGGUGCUGGAUUGCAAUGUGUGUUAAGCAAACCAGAGAUGGGUAAGCUUAAAGAGUUGGGUAGACUGGUUUCAGUCAUUCAUUGCCAUACCUAUGUAACAACUUGUCAUCAUUUUACUUAGUUUAAAUGGUAGCAAUAUUGCAUAAAGCUUCCUUAGGUAUGUUUAAAGUUCUGCCCGUUGCAAUAUGAAGUAGCUUGAGUUUAAGGCACUGGCCUCCAGAUCGUUCAACAAAAUUUUUUUAUUUUGUUUUAGAUAUCUGGAAAUUAAUUCUAUAUUUCUAAAGAAUGCUUUGAAACUUAUUUACUGACAGACUAUAUGUUACAGAAACUAAUGAGAAUUAGUUGUUUUUACUACUUUUUAUGAUGAAAAUCUAAAGCAUUUGUAACGCUUUACUCGAGGUUAACUGCCUUGAUUAUAAAUAUCUAUAUUUAAUGCGCAUUGAACACUAAAUCCUCUCUAGUGCUAUUGGUAACGACAGCAGGCAAACUUUUUUAUUAGCUCACCUGUCACAAAGUGACAAGGUGAGCUUUUGUGAUCGUGCGGCGUCCGUCGUCCGUGCGUCCGUAAACUUUUGCUUGUGACCACUCUAGAGGUCACGUUUUUUGUGGGAUCUUUAUGAAAGUUGGUCAGAAUUUUCAUCUUGAUGAUAUGUAGGUCAAGUUCGAAACUGGGUCACGUGCCUUCAAAAACUAGGUCAGUAGGUCUAAAAAUAGAAAAACCUUGUGACCUCUCUAGAGGCCAUAUAUUUAAUAAGAUCUUCAUGAAAAUUGGUCAGAAUGUUCAACUUGAUGAUAUCUAGGUCAAGUUCAAAAGUGGGUCCAUCAAAAACUAGGUCAGUAGGUCAAAUAAUAAAAAACCCUUGUGACCUCUCUAGAGGCCAUAUUUUUCAUGGGAUCUGUAUGAAAAUUAGUCUGAAUGUUUAUCUUGAUGAUAUCUAGGUCAAAAUCGAAACUGGGUCAAACUGCAGUCAAAAACUAGGUCAGUAUGUCUAAAAAUAGAAAAACCUUGUGACCUCUCUAGAGGCCAUACUUUUGAAUGGAUCGUCAUGAAAAUUGGUCUAAAUGUUCAUCUUAAUGAUAUCUAGGUCAAGUUUGAAACAUCAAUAACUAGGUCAGUUGGUCAAAUAAUACAAAAACCUUGUGACCUCUCUAGAGGCCGUAUUUUUCAUGGGAUCUGUAUGAAAGUUGGUCUGAAUGUUCAUCUUGGUGAUAUCUAGGUCAUGUUUGAACUGGGUCAACGUGGUCAAAAAUUAGGUCAGUAUGUCUAAAAAUAGAAAAAUCUUGUGACCUCUCUAGAGGCCAUACUUUCGAAUGGAUCUUCAUGAAAAUUGGUCAGAAUGUUCACCUUGAUGAUAUCUAGGUCAAGUUUGAAACUGGGUCACGUGCCUUCAAUAACUAGGUCAGUAGGUCAAAUAAUAAAAAACCUUAUGACCUCUCUAGAGGCCAUAUUUUUCAUGGGAUCUGUAUGAAAGUUGGUCUGAAUGUUCAUCUUGAUGAUAUCUAGGUCAAGUUUGAAACUGGGUCAACUGCGAUUAAAAACUAGGUCAGUAGGUCUAAAAAUAGAAAAACAUUGUGACCUCUCUAGAGGCCAUACUUAUGAAUGGAUCUUCAUGAAAAUUGGUCAGAAUGUUCACCUUGAUGAUAUCUAUGUCAGAUUUGAAACUGGGUCACGUGCCAUCAAUAACUAGGUCAGUAGGUUAAAUAAUUAAAAACCUUGUGACCUCUCUUAAGGCCAUAUUUUUCAAUGGAUCUUCAUGAAAAUUGGUCAGAAUUUUUAUCUUGAUGAUAUCUAGUUCAGGUUCAAAGCAAGGUCACAUGAACUCAAAAACUAGGACACUAUGUCAAAUAAUAGAAAAAACAACGUCAUACUCAGUUCAAAAUUGGGUCAUGUGGGGACAGGUGAGCAAUUCAGGACCAUCAUGGUCCUCUUGUUUGCUAGACUGAUUUGAAAAAUUUGGACCUCACACAAUUUUUUCAUAAUGGGAGUCUACAGGAAAUCAAAACUUCCAUAACAUUUUCGCGAAUUGAAACUUUUCUACAAUGUAGAGUUUAAUGAAACUUCUCACAGUUGAAAAUAAACAUAUGGCCUUUAAUGUGGUGAAAUAAGAUGUUUAGGUCCUUGAGCUUAAUUUUGAGCUAUAUUGAGUGUUAAGUAAAGCACACAUUUCACGCUAAUUUUAAGACAUAAUUUUGAAUUAUUUAAUGUGUCAGAUGUUUUAGUAUCAUGUUUUAACUUUAGAAAGAUAGUAUCAGUGCCAUUUUAGUAAAUUUACUCACAGGUUGAUUUUCAUUUCUGUACGCCGAAGCCAGGCUUUACUCUACAUUUUCCUGAUAAAUGCACCAUCACUUACAGUUUAUCAAAUGUGCAGAACUACCUUAAACCUUAGUCUGCUAAAUAUUUAAAAUGGACUAGCCAAUCAUUCGAUUUGGGCAAUACCAUUUAUUAUGCGAAGGGGUGUUCACUGAAAAUUCACUGACUGAAUAGCGAACUAUGCAGACCAUGAUCAGCCUGCACAGAUGUGCAGGCUGAUAUUGGUCUGCACUGGUCGCAAAGGCUGCCGCUGGCAGGCUAAAGGUUAAGAGCGAUUUCAAGGUAGUUGUUUAUGUAACUUUUAGAUGUAUAUUAUGUACAAUCAAAUUAUGAAAUCCAGCAUUAGAUUGUUUAACAGCUGUGUAAUGUAUCCCUGUAGUCAUUUGUAGAUGAUUUGUAGAUGAUAUCUUAUAUGUUAGUCUGUAAAGUUUUUUUUCCUAAUUUGUACUGUAUUUAGCUCACCUGAGCCAAAGCCUCAAGGUAAGCUUUUGUGACUACUUGAUGUCUGUCAACAAUUUCUUGUCUGCACGAUAGUGGUUUCAUUUUAUGAUUUGAUUUUAACCAAAUUUGCACACAACUUGUGUCACCAUAAGAUGUUAUAUUAGUUUCUUUUUUGAACCAGCCAUAUUCCUUUAUGGUUUCUUGACUUACGGCCACUAAAAGGCCAGAAAUUGGCUAUUACAGUCUUGUCUGCACAAUAGCAUUUAUGAUUGGAUUUUAACGAAACUUGCACACAACUUGUAUCACCAUGAGAUCUUACUUGCUUUCUUGAACACGCCAUAUACAGCCAUGGGUUCUAGAGUUACCGCCCCAAAAAGGGCAAAAAUUGGCUAUUUUGGUCUUGUCUGCAUGAUUGUGGUUUCAUUUGUGAUUUAAUUUUAACCAAACUUGCACAAAACUUGUAUCACCAGAUCUCGGUUCCUUUCUUGAACCAGCCAUAUUUUACCAUGGGUUCCAGAAUUAAAAUACUAUUUUGGUGAUCUCCAUAUUCACAGACAACAGCUUUUUAUAGAAUGGAAAUUUCUGAACAACACACAAAAUGCAUAUAUCUUAUUUUCUUGUUAUUGGUUACAUGUAAGCAAUAUUACUCAGGUGAGCAAUCCAGGGUCAUGAUUGACCUUCUUGUUUGAGGUUUUAACUUGAAAUUGUGAGGUGCUUAAUUGUGUUUUCCACUUUGAAAGGUGUUACCUGCCCAUGUAUAUAAAUGAAUGUCUCGAGUAUUGAUGGUUGGAUACUAUUCUAAUCUUCCUGUACAAACUAGUAGGUAGGUAACACAUUCUGAUCAAAACACUUCAGUUUGUUGUCAUAUUUGUAUUAUUUAAGUCCAUACUAAAUGUGAUAUUUCCUGUGUACAUUCCGGCCUCUUAUAACUGUAUUUACAUCAGUACUUCUUGUUGUUUUGUGUAUAUUUCAUGUUGUCUUGCGUCACUUUGGAGUAAAAACUGUGACAUAAGCAGAGUUUUUACACCAAGCUGUCAGACGUAUUGUAUAUAUUGAUGCAAGUAAAUUAUUUUGAAAAAAAGAUCUGGAAAUUAGAUCCCACGGAAGCACAGAGAAUAAGGCAAACAGUGAAAAUUGCAGACUCGGUUUGAUUGAGUCUGUUCAUGAGCAGUAAUGGAAAAUGCAAUACUGCCCACGCCCCCUAGCACCAGCUUUAGGAGGUAGAUUACCUUGUUACAAGGGUAAAUUCAAAUUAGUUGAACCGCAACAUGUUUUUGUAUUUCGUGUAAUAUGAAGUGUUAACUGCUACAAUCUCAAUUUCGUUUGUCUCUGUCCCUUCAAGUUCAAUUUUUAUCCAGGUUUGAAGAACAUGACCCUUCAAAGGUAUUUCAUAUUGAAAGAAGAAGGAAAAUACGGAUAUUUAACACUUUUCAGUGUAUUUUAGUUUCAUUGAUAUCCGUAGAAGUCUGCAUAAUUGAUAAUUUUACUAGUAUGCACGUUAUCUUUCUAAUAUAAGCUUAAAAUGUAUAUGUCACAGGGCUCGUGUUUCCAUGGUAACGCAUUUUCUCUCAUUUUUAAACAACUAUGUAUAAAAAUAGGGGUUUUCGACGGCUUCAGUGCCAUUCUGUCAAUGACCAACAUGAAAUAUUUGGGUAAUAUUAUUAGCAAAUUGCCAAGCACUUUACACGGUACCCUAUUUUUCUUAAAUUUUAAAGUAACCAUGGCAACAGAGAUGUUUAAAAUAGCUUAUAUCUUGCUGUUUGUCGUAAUUUCUUUUAAAAAAAAAUUGAAUAAGAUUAUCUUUCUAAUUGAUGUAGCUUUAAGACAUAUUAUUUCUAACGUAGGUUACAUUUUCGUGUUAUUUGCAUUUAUUCAAACAAUUUCACAGCUCAGAAUAUGUACAGCAGUACCCAUCGUCUGCCAUUUUUCAUGGAAAAAUCAUAUAAGUAACAAAUUAUCAAUGGUACCUGAAAAAUAGGUAUUACAAAUCAAACUGCUAGACUUUUUAUUUGAAAAUGGCCGUAACAAGUAACCUUUCACCCAACUAUAUUCCAAAUAACAUUGGUUGCCAUCAUCCAUUUUCUUACAUUCUUCAUAACAUUUCAGUAUAACUACAUAAAAAAGGCAAAAUAUUGCUUAUUAUUCAGAGAAAAAGACUCAUAAAAAAUAUUUCAGCAAAUAAUGGUUAUUUGAAAAUAGUUAAAAUAAGGAAAAUGUACAGAAUUACGUACUUUCAAGAUAAAAGCUAUUAAUUUUGCGCAGUAACUGACAUGUAACGUCAUGACGUCAAUGACGUCAUUUUAAGGCAACAUUGUUUUGAAGCGUUUCUGCGGCAAUUUAUUCAUUAUUUCUGCAUUAUUAAACCAUAAAGCAUCAUAUCGAAGACAAGUUCAUGAUUUGUUUUCAGAAGAAUGAAUAUACAAACGCAUUUAGUUUGUCGUAAACGUCGUCGUAAAUCGUCACGUUAGCUUCCGGUUGGACAUGCGCACAUACAAAUAUGAAGGUAACCUACCUCCUUAAGCAGUAUUCAAUCUUCAAAUCUAAAUGCGUUGAAAUCAAUGAUCCCGAAGGACCAGAAAAUAUAAAAGCCAGAUUGUUUGGUAUUGACAUUGUCUAAGGUCAUGUCAUACAUAUGGCAAUUGUCCAUCUUCACUGGUGUAGGUGCUCCUGUAGGCAUUAUUUCAGGGAUGGGAGUGGGGGCAUUUGGGUAGAACUACACAACCUUCGGUAAGCUAACUGGAUGACUUCCUCACAUGAAAGAAUUCUGCACAUAUGGUUUCAAACACUUGUUAAGCGAUUACGAAGUUGAUCGUCUUAACUACUUGGCUGCAGAGGCCCUAAGUAUCAAAGUACCAAGUUUAGUGGAUAAUUUUUAAGUUACCGGCUAUUGAAAUUUUAAGUACUUAAUACUUAAUUUUGUCCACAUAACAAUAUUUGGAUUGGAAAAGGGGUGACAAUCAUCAAAAGAAGUCUCUAGUUAUUAAACAUUAUAUGUGUUUAUAAAUAUGUUUUUAUUGAACAUUUUUCAGUUUUUAGCUUGACUUUGAAGAAUAGGCUGAGUUACUGGAAUCGUCUGUCCGUUCAUACAUCCCAAAAUCUUGUGUGUCUAACUUCUGUGAAUAUUUUUACUGCAGUUAUGGCCCUUUGAUAGUUUUUGCUAUAUAGAGGAUGACACAGUAUGUGGGGGCAUCCAUGUUCUAAGGACACAAUUCUAGUUUAAAGGUAAAAUCUGUAACUAUAUUUCAACUUGUUCAUUUACUGGGCAUUUCAUUUAGUUGCUAACAUUCAUGUAUACCCAAGUUUCUCUUUAUUGUAAUAUGAUUAAAUGGCAUUUAACAUAUAGUGCAGUAUAUUACUACUAAUAAUAUAGCACUGCCUGUAUUUUACAUACAUUAACAAAGAAAAUUGUUCUGGUCUUGGAACAAGACUGAUAUUUGUUGGCACAUUGAAUACUCUCUUUAUAGGAUACUGAAUGCAUUUCAAAUAGAUUUGGUCAUUUGUACCUGUCUGAAAUGUGCGUCUGUUUUUAUGAAUAGCAAUAUAUGGUAAAGGGACAGGAAAAGAACAUAUUUCCAUGUAGUAUUUUACCUGAAAUUUAGAUAAAAUGAAAAGAAACAAACAUGCAUAAAGUAAAAUAGACUUCAGAGAAAAGUUUCAUGUAAAGAAUAUGUUGGUAUUUGGAUUACUUUGGACCUUGUAUAACAUUUUGCUUGUCCCUGGUGAUUUAAUGUACUGAAAUGCAUAGUAAAGCAAGUAACUGCAUGAAUAAUUAUGCACCCUUCUACGUUCUAAUAUUUGAUUUUAUCUCUUUUUUUCAUUGACUUUACUAUUACUAAACUUGCCAUAUGAAUAGUUCUUACAAUGUAGGAUGAUUUGUUGCAAUUUGAUUUUCCUUAUUUUAUACAUAUACUGCAUUGUUAUACAUGUACUUCGUUCUGAAUAAAUGACUUCAGUAUA